CCUCUCGAGAUCUCUCGCUCUCUCUGUUUCAUUCCUAAGCCCUAUGGCCUCUCAUCCCCAUCACCACCAUUGCAAUAGUAACCAACUCAGCAGCAGCUGCAGCUGUAGCUGCUGUUGUAGUUGCAACUCUUCCCAUCCCUCUCAGGUGUCUCAGUCCCCAACUACAGAUCCUCUUCUUCAAGCCCUAGCUGCUCAACUCCUUCAAUCUUCGGAAACGCAUCUCUAUGCCCAGUACCUUAAACCCCAACAACACCAGUUCCAUCAGAAGCAAUUAUACCAGAAACAACAACAACACCAACAAACCCAAUCGCUUCUCUCCUCUCUCCUGCGUCGCAUCGAAGCUCUUGAAUCCUCUCUCCACCAAAUACCCCCUUCUCCUUCUCCACCUCCUCCUCCUUCGAUUUCUCUCCGUGACAUCGCUGCCCGUAUCAUACAGACCCACUUUCGUGCCUUCCUUGUCCGUAGAUCGCAAACCCUUCGACAAAUUAAAGACCUAGCUUUUAUUAAGGCUAGUCUCAACAGCCUGAAAUCCUCAAUCUCCGAUGGUUCCCAAAUCAAGCCUGAGGUUCUCUCGCAGAAAGCCAUGGAUUUGCUUCUCAAGCUUGAUUCGAUUCAGGGUGGUGAUCCGAUGAUUAGGGAUGGAAAGAAAUCGGUUAGCAGAGAUCUGGUUCGUUUCUUAGAGUUUGUCGAUGGGCUUUUCACGAAAAGACGGGAGCUUUCUUCUAAAGCAACGAAGAGCUUGAGAGUUGCAGAAAAUAGUAAGAAAUCAAGGGUUUGUAUAAGUUCCCAUGAUCCAGUCAUGGGCACCUAUCAUAGUGGUCUGAGUGGGGAACAGAGAGAACUCUUGGAGAAAUUGAGCAGCCAAGCUCGGGGAAUAUCUGAGAAUAACGAGGGAAUGCAUGUAGAGCUUGAAUCCUUUCAUCAGAUUAGUGAUGAUGAAGAUGAUCCUAAGAGACCUCCCAACCAUGGCGGGAUUUUGGUGAAACGGCUUGCCCUUGGAUCAAAGUUAAAGAAAAAUGUGAGCUUUGCAGAGAAUGGGGAUUUAACAAGGGUUUUCGAUGAGUCACAUUCAGGUGGUCAUGAAGCUGGCAUUGAUCUAGGAUUUCCUGAUGAUGAUCAGAGAGAGCUUAUGGAAAAUCUGUGUAGGAAAGUUGAAGAAAUUGGAGGUUUCUCUGGGGAUUAUGAGGAGGAGGAAGCAUACAUGGAGAGUAAAGCUAAUGAUGGCGACGGAAACCCUAGAAGGGUUCUGCAGAGGGAGGUCAUCUAUGGAAAAAGUGUGCAACGCCAGGGUCAAAAUGGAGAAAUUGCAUAUUCUGCACCCUUACCUGUCCAGAUGGAGCCCAUUAUAAGAGAGGUGAGGAGUGGGUGGUAAGCUCCAGAGUUGGGUUGUGGCUGGUCUAGUAGUUUUACUUCUUCUCUGUGGGUGUUCCUCAGCCUAUGGUCUUAUUGAUUGAAGAAUUAACACUGACAUUCAGAUGUGUGAAUUAGGUUGUCCACCAUUUUUCA